UCCGGGUCUGAGGGGUCGCUCUCGGCUUUGGGCUCCAGUCUGCGCUCGUGGGGCCCGGCAGGUGCGACGUCCAGUUUAGCGUUUGUGUCCCGGGCUGGGGGUGGGGGGCCGCCCCUGAGGUCCGUUCUCUGGCAACUUCGGACACCUCAUCGCGGGCCGCCUGGGAAAGAAAGGUCCAAAACAGGGACUGUUGCUAGCCCGUCGUGAGGACCAUGCCCUUUCACCUGCACAGAUCGUUUAGUCUGCACUUUACCGUGACAAAGGAGAGAGAUAACCAUUGUGUGGUAUGAAUCAGAAUGAAAUCUUUGAAAAGCUAAGAGCAGAAGUCUUUUGGUUAACAUGGAGGACAAAAGACGGCGAGCCCGAGUGCAGGGAGUCUGGGCUGGCUCUGCAAAGAGCCAGGCCGCUGCUCAGCCAGCUCCCGUGGCUAGGAGUCCUCUCCAUCAGAAGCCUGGUCAAACCUGGAUGAACAAGGAUCCGCAUCUGUCUGACAGACACUUUGUAUUCAGUGAACCCCAGCAGGUGGUACGCAGAACCCCGGAACCUCGAUUGAUUGACAAAGAGGGCGUGUAUGACAUCAGCCUGGCGCCCACAGGAGUAUCUCGGGUGUGUUUGUAUCCUGGCUUUGUUGACUUAAAAGAAGCCGACAUGGUAUUGAAACAGCUUUGUCAAGAUGUUCCCUGGAAACAGAGGACCGGCUUCAGAGAUGAUGUAACUUACCUGCAGCCAAGACUUACAGCAUGGUAUGGAGAACUUCCUUACACUUACUCAAGAAUCACUAUGGAACCAAAUCCUCACUGGCAUCCCGUGCUGUGCACGCUCAAGAGCCACAUCGAGGAGAACACCGGCCACACCUUCAACUCCUUGCUCUGCAACCUGUACCGCAACGAGAAGGACAGUGUGGACUGGCACAGUGACGACGAGCCCUCGCUGGGGCAAUGCCCUGUCAUCGCGUCCCUCAGUUUUGGUGCCACGCGCACCUUCGAGAUGAGGAAGAAGCCGUCAGCGGAAGAGGACGGAGACUUCACGUAUGUGGAAAGAGUGAAGAUACCCUUGGAUCACGGCACCUUGUUAGUCAUGGAAGGAGCUACACAGGCUGACUGGCAGCAUCGAGUGCCCAAAGAGUACCACUCUAGAGAACCGAGAAUAAACCUGACCUUUCGGACAGUGUAUCCAGACCCCGCAGGGGGGCACUGGUGAUGCGUGAUCUCUGAGCAGAAAGCCACGCUGAGACCAAGCAGACCGUCCACGUGAAGACGCUUGCCAAGGCCGGAGCAGCUCCUCUUGCGGUGUGGCUGUUUGGCGGAUGAGGGUGGGAGUUUCUUCCCAGCUCUGAGUCCUGUGAAAUGACAGCCACCAUCCCAGUCCGUAAUGUGUUACUGUGGGAAUAGUAAUCCCCAAUCACAUCUUGCAAUCACGUAUUUUCUUGAGACAAAUUAAAAACUGCUGUGGUUGUGCUCACAGAUAAUUUUAUCCAUAAGCAGUUUUUCUCCCCACCCUCCUCUGCCUCUGCUUCACUUGAAGAAAUAUGAAUGGACUCUGCCUCUGGGGUAAAUCCGCAUGUGUUUGUUCCUUGUGACUGAAGUGAAGUGGAGAUGUAAAUAUGUGUCAGUGGCUCUGGAACCUUCUGUAGGCAGACAGCUGCUGAGGCACAAACAGAGGUGGUUUCACAGCUGAGUGGGCCUUGACUCUGUGUCCCGGCCGUGCUGCUGUAGGGAAAGCCGCCUCUCCUGGCCCAUCAGUCUUCCCAGGACACACUAACCAGGCUGUGUGCUCUGGACACACAGGGAAGGCAGUAUUUUCUAGUGCAGCCAUCUUCAAAAGUCACCUGAAGUACUCGAACCACCGAAAACUGCCCCCUCAGAGGGAGGAGUAGCAGUGAUGUCAUGAGAAGUAGGCAGACAGGCAGCACAUUCCCUGCUGGUGACACACCUGUCCACAUAGAUUAGUUUCCGCGGAGAACGACUGGAGUCAUUUAAACCCAAGGCGGAUGGAAGGGAGCAGGCCUCCAGGGAAUAGAUAUAUCAGUUACCUAAUCGUUCUCUCCACUUUAGAUUUCAGAGGCCCUGUGAGUAAGGCUUCCUUCUGACUCAGUGUUUUCUUUCUGAGAUUCAGGGGUCAGCCCAUGAUGUCACCGAGGUUCCCAAAACAGAACAGAGUGGUUGACUCCUAUUGCAUCAUCAAAACAUGUGUCUUUCUUGACCUCUUGACUUAGAAGUAGCGUGCCAGAUGAACUCCAAACCGAGAUGUGGGAAACCCAAGAGAAAGAAAGUGGGUUUCAGUAGAUGAAAAUAGGGCGGAGAGGCAGCUGCCCUAGUUGCAGGGGCGGGGGGCGAUUUUCGGAGCCUGCUUGCUUUUGACCUUGUUUCCGUUCGACCCUGUAGACUGGUGACCCCAUGGUGGAGCUGAAGCACGAAGGCAGGGCAGGACCUGCCCAGCGCUGGGGUGGAAGGCUCCACCAGGUUCUGUUCUUGACCAGGCCUCUGCUUGCACUCCCCCCCCCCCAUUGCCACAUGCGUGACUCGUUCCUCUGUGAAUACUAACAGCUUUAGAAAAUUUGAGCAUCUUACCAAGCGCCAUGCAAAGAAAACCUCUGUUUAACUUCCAGUUUUUGACCUAUUAAAACAAAACCUGGCCAGGGUGGGGCAGCCAGCUUUCUUUUGAGUUCGACGCAGGACACUGGGAAAUGCCUCUCCCGUUCCCGUAAGUGAAGGAGUGGCAGAUGGUUCCGAGUCUGGCAGUGCCCCUCCGAAUGGGGGUGAUGCUCUGCCUUGCGUCUGCUGCAGGUCGGCUCUCUUCACUCGCCCUGCAGGCCGGGAGGAGCACACCCUGCCCCACUGCGC